UGCCCUGUGGUGGUAAUCAACAAAUUUCUUGGCUUUGCAACGUGGAAAUCGACAUAAAACUGUUUUUAUCCACAUUUUGAUGUAACUUUUUAUUGGCCAGAUGACAACUAACUAAGGCAACAUUAGAUUUUCAAGGCGAUCUGUCAUCAUGGAACUGCCUCAAACCAUCUUUGUGGGAAGUCUGGUUGUUGCUUUGUUAUUCUAUGCCUUCUACUCUCCGAUUCCAUCAGAGAUUGAUGAACCAUGGAAAUUAAGAUUAUGUCUUGCAUCAGCAAAGAUGGAGCAAUAUGUGGCAUCUGCUGGUGAAUAUCUUGGAUUUGAAAGCAGAGUUAACCUGACCCGAAGUAUCCAGGAAAAAACUGCUGAUGUUACUGACACGGACCCUGAUCUAGAGAUAGAUGAUACAUUCUUCCAUGGUAUUCGAGUACGUGUUUACAAACCUAGGGGAAGAAGUAUCAGGGAAAAGUCAGCCGGAAUCAUCUAUUUCCAUGGUGGAGGAUGGGUGUAUGGCAGUGUCUUAACCUAUGAUGUAUUGACAAGAACAUUAGCAAAGAAGACAAAGAUGGUGGUUGCUUCUGUAGACUACAGACUUGCACCAGAGUUUCCCUUCCCAACUCCAUUCUUUGACUGUGAGAUAGCCACGAAGUAUUUCAUUGAGAAUGCUAACUCCCUGAAUGUGGAUCCAAACAGAAUUACCGUAAUGGGUGACGAUGCUGGUGGGAACAUGGCAGCCGCUGUAGCCCUUAAACUCAGGAGCGAUGAAAUCAAAAUCAAACCAAAACUACAAGUUCUCAUCUACCCUUUAGUACAAGCCAUCGAUUACCACCUGCCGUCAUACAUGGAAAAGACGCAUUUCAUGCCAGAAAUUUUGACAACAAAGAAAGUGGUGACCUUUUUGAUGAGCUACAUGGGUGUGCAGAAUGACACCAUGGUCGAGGAAUUCAUGCGGAAUGAUCACACGUCUGCCCAUGUCAAGCAACAUUAUUACAAACACACAGAUGUUGAAAAUCUCCCGGAGGAGUUCAUUCCUGAAGGUUUUAAACCUGCUGCAAGGACUGGCGGCAACAUAGAGAUAUCGCGGCGUUAUGAAGCAUUCUAUCUGAAUCAGUAUUUCAGCCCCCUGUUGGCAGAGGAUCAUACUAAUCUUCCCAGUGCAUAUAUUCUCAUUUGUGAGCAUGAUGUUACGAGAGAUGACGGCAUGCUUUAUGCCAAAAAAUUGGGAAAAGGGAAGGUCAGUGUAAAAGUAGAACAUUAUAAGCGUGGAUUCCACGGAAUGUUAAGUCUUGUUGGUGAUUUUAAAAUCGCUGAUAAAAUGAUGGAUGAUAUUGCAGAAUACUUACUUGAAAAAUUAUGAUUGUUGAAAAUGAUCAAAUAUUUUGUUUUGAGUACAACAAAUUCUUACUUCAUAUCAAAGGAUGUAACUUUACUCUAUUAUACAGGGCCAUUGUAGCCAUGUGAUCAUAACGAAGUUACUUUCCACAAUGCUUUUGUUUGCAUAUUGCAUGUAUUGGUCUUCCUCUGUAUGUUGCAUGUUUUUUUAUAUUAUUUGGCUGUAACGCUUCAAUGAAACUGUAGAGAUAAUUGAUUUUCAAGAUUUUUUCUAGGGACUACAUUUGUACAUUAUGUAUUACAAGGAGUGGUAUAAAAAACAGACAAUCUGCUUUUGAUAACAUUUAUGCCCCAGGAUUCAUGCUCUUGUGUACAUUGCAGAAUAUAAAACAUCUUUGAUGCAUCUAUGAAACCAUCUUGCAACCAACUAUCCUUGUUUAGCCAUGACUGGAGUUAGUUGAUUCCCCCCUAUUUCUUGAUAGAAUGGAAGUCAAUACUUCUACUUAAAAGCACAUACUGUUUCUUGCCAUAAUGUCAUGAAUGUCUGGUGCUGUGUACAUGUACAUCUUAUUUUUGUAACUGCAUUUGAUAUUACAUUUCACUAGACUGUGCUAUUGCAGAUGAUUAUUUUAUAUACAUCGUAUCAUGUUACUCACUCCUACAACUUGACAUUUCAAUGUCAAGUGUGCUGCAUGUUAUAACCAUCUUAGGAUUUUAUGUAAAAAUGCUUCUUCAGAAGAAGUUUUUCUCCAUGUAGAGUUCCUACAUGUAACUUUUGUUGAAGAAAUUGAUACUGAAUUAAGGUAUACAAUGUAGGUUGUCUCAGCAAAUACUGUGAGAGUGGAGCUAAACUCUAGGCCAAAUCUGAGCGCCUCACCUAGGUUUUGUAAGUACAUAUCUUGGACUGUUGGACUGCAUUUUCAUCAUAUAUCAUACCUAUUAUUAUGGAGGUAUUGUCUCAUUUGUAUCCCAUAAAUACCAGGUUUGUUUACAGUAUGUACAUGUAAUA